AUGGAAUCAGCCACUUAUCCAACACAGAAGGAAUUGCAAGAACUUAAUCGAACUGCCGAUUCAUUAAUUAUCGGUGCUGGUGUGACAUUUACACAUUUACGAGCCAAGCUUAUCGAAUGGAAUAAAGAAAAGAAUAAUGAUGGUGGUACUUGUCAAGCUCUACUCGAUCAACUCAAUCAUUUGGCAUCAACACAAAUACGAAAUGUUGCUUCAAUCGGUGGUAAUAUUGUUGCUGCGUCGCCUAUUUCGGAUUUCAAUCCAGUGUUACAGGCUGCAGGUGCAAUACUUGAACUUCAUCGAGCUGAGAGUACUACACCACGGUUUAUUUCUUUGUGUGACUUUUUUCUUGGCCAUCAUCGUGUAUCGAUGGCUGAUGAUGAAGUGCUUGUCGCUGUUCAUAUUCCUCUUCCAGAUCCGUCAAGCAAAUGUUUUCUGCGAGCGUUCAAGCAGGCUCGUCGUCGAGAUGAUUCAAAGGGUAUUGUUAGUGCUGGAUUUCGUGUUCAACUUGAACAAUCUGAUGCGAACAAUGGUCAAUGGCACAUUGUUUCAGCUUGUUUUUCUUUCGGUGGAAUGGCAUCAUCAACAAUCAUGACAACAAAUACUCAACAAGCGUUAGUUGGACUACCGUGGACAAGAACAACGAUAGUCAAAGCUUGUGAAAUGGCUCUAAAUGAAAUGCCACUUUAUGAACAGAGUCCAGGUGGACAACCUGAAUACAGACGAACAUUAGUUCAAUCGUUUCUCUACAAGUUUUACGUCAAUGUUUGUACUGAAUUACGUCAAUCGUCUGUUGAUUCAACACAUCUUUCGGCUGGUCAUCCUUACCAACGCCCAGUAUCUCAUGGUCAACAAGCAAUACCUGAACGACCUCCUUCACAAAAAGUCGUCGGUAGUUCAUUGUCGCAUCGAUCGGCAUAUUUGCAGACGACAGGACAGGCCACAUAUACAGAUGACAUACCAUCAUUGAUCAAUACACUUCAUGGUGCACUCGUUCUAAGCUCAGAAGCUAAUGUUCUGAUAAAAGACAUUGAUGAUUCAAUAACAGAUAUUAGAGCUGCUUCACAAGUACCUGGUUUUGUUUCGUUUAUUAGUCAUAACGAUGUUCCAGGUUCGAAUUACGUGGGCUGUGAAGUAUAUGAUGAAGAAAUAUUAGUAUCAUCCAUUGCUCCAUGUAUCGGUGUUAUUAUUGGUGUUGUUGUUUGUGAAACAGAACAGUCAGCUCAGAUGGCUGCAAGUCUUGUUCGAAUCGAAUACGAAUUGUUAACUCCGACUAUUUUCACUAUUGAAGAUGCCAUCGCUCAUGAUUCCUAUUUCGAUGAGGAACAAUGUCUUCGAGAAGGUGAUGUAGACAAAAAUCUCAUCGAAGCUGAACAUAUAUUAGAAGGAACACUGAUGAUUGGUGGUCAAGAACAUUUUUAUUUAGAGACAAAUUCUUGUAUGGUCAUACCGUCCCAUGAUGAUAAUGAAGUGAUUGUAUACUUGUCAACACAAGAUCCUAGCAAAGCUCAACAAUUGAUUGCAUUGGCACUCGGUCGAGAUUCUAGCCAUAUAUCAUGUCAUGUUAAACGGAUCGGUGGUGGAUUUGGCGGUAAAGAAUCGAGAGGAAUACUUCCGUGUAUUGCCAUUUCGAUAGCAGCUGUGAAAAUUGGCCGUGCCAUUCGACUUAAUAUCGAACGUCAAACUGAUAUAUGUAUAACUGGACAUCGAAACCCAUUCAAGGCUAACUAUAAGGUAGGGUUUACAGGUAAAGGAUAUUUUACUGCACUUGAUGUUCAAAUGUGGAGUAAUGCUGGUUGCUCUUUGGAUCUAUCACUCAAUAUUAUGCAAAAGGCUAUGCUUCAUAUGUGUAAUUGCUAUCGAUUUCAUAACAUUCGAAUACGUGCCCGUGUUUGCAAAACACAUUUACCAUCAAAUACAGCAUUUCGUGGUUUUGGUGGUCCCCCAGCAAUAUUAAUAUCUGAAACUAUUGUUGAACAUGUUGCGACAUAUCUCAGACUCGAUCCAUUUACUAUUCGUAAUCUCAAUCUUUAUAAAGACGGUGACUUGACUCAUUAUGGUCAACCACUGGAACACUGGAAUAUUCCUCGAAUCUUGAACCAACUUAUCCAAUCAAGUGAUUUUCUGCAACGACAAAAGAAUAUAGAGGAAUUUAAUAGGACAAAUACCUAUCGAAAACGUGGCUUGACUAUUGUGCCAAACAAGUUUGGCAUUGGUUUCCCAAUGAAAUAUUUAAAUCAGGCAGGUGCUCUUGUGCAUAUCUACAAAGAUGGUUCAGUCUUACUAACUCAUGGAGGUGUCGAAAUGGGUCAAGGUAUAGAUACAAAGAUGAUAUCAAUAGCUGCUGAAGUGUUAGGAUGCAAUGUUGAUCGAGUGCGAAUCAGCGAAACAUCUACAGAUAAAGUACACAAUACAAGUCCAACAUCAGGAUCGGUCUCAUCGGAUAUCAAUGGAAUGGCUGUUCGACAUGCAUGCGAACAACUUCGCCAACGAUUAGAUACAAUCUCUGUUGACAAGAGCGUCAUUAUUUCGUGGGAAAAUCUUGUUCGACAAGCCUAUUUUGCUCGGAUUGAUCUGUGUGCACAUGGAUUUUAUGCAACACCAGACAUGAUCGACCUUGAUUUUACUCAAAAUAGAGCUAAAGCCAACUAUUUUACUCAAGGUGCAGCAGUAACUGAAGUCGAAUUAGAUGCAUUGACAGGUGAUUGGCAUCUUUUACGCGUUGAUAUUCUCAUGGAUGUUGGCAGAUCACUCAAUCCUCAAAUUGAUAUUGGUCAAAUUGAAGGUGGAUUUAUGCAAGGUGUUGGAUUGUACACUAUGGAAGAACUGAUUUGGGGUGAUAAUAAACAGUUCAAAUGGAUUAAAGCAGGUCAACUGUUGACUCAAGGACCAGAUACUUACAAAAUUCCAUCAUUCAGUGAUGUUCCUCUUGAUAUGCGUAUUUCACUUUUGUCCGAUUCAUUGAAUCCUCGAGCCAUCUAUUCAUCGAAGGGUAUCGGUGAACCACCUCUCCUUCUGGCUGCUUCAGCUUUCUUUGCACUGAAACAAGCAUGUAUGGCAUAUCGAGAACAACAAGGUUUCUCAGACUAUUUUACACUCCAUUCACCAGCUACUGUUGAACGUCUUCGAAUGGCUUGUGCUGAUGAAUUUACUCAACGCGCAUGUCCCAAUAAGCAUCAGAUCUUUCAACCAAGAGGCUGCUAUUGA